AUGUUACUGUGCUGUAGCUUUCGCCCAUUUCGCUUUGCAUUACUUCAAAAUAACAAUUUACACCAGUCGUGCAAUGCUCGAAACUUUGACGCAAGAUUCUUGGAGAUUUCGUUUAUGUGUGACGUGCAUUUUCAUGCCUUUUGUGUCGUGGAUUUGUUUCAUGGCCACGAUGACUCACGUCGCCAUGUACGUCUCCAUGAUAUGAGCUUUGGUAUUCAAAAGCGUCAUGUUGGCUCAUCAGAUGAAACAAUGCGAGAAUCUGCAAAGGAUCGAGUAAAAAUAUAA